GGUUGCGUUGUGGACUUGCUUGGCGUGUAGAAUACGAGGACGGUAACGCCCAGUCAGCAACGUGGGUAACGUCUCCUCAGAGAGCAUCAGAAAGAGAGUCAGGGACAUCCUUCUCACCUUUUCGCAUCAUCCACGCUCACAGUACGACUGUGUGUCACGUGCUACAGACCGCUCACAAGCCCGCGUGUCGAACGGUGGAUCAGAGAGUGCGAGAGAGAGCUGGUCGUGCGUCGAACUGGCCCAACACUAGUCUGGCCAUCGCGUGAAAUUGCCGUUUCGUUCAUUGUAUGUUCGCUGCGGCUACUGUCGGGAUAUGUUUGGUUGGUCAGUGGUGUAUGGCCGCCUCUAGAAUGCCUCCAGCGUUAGCAUCCGACUCCGAGUCGUCUUCCAAUAAGGUCGCCUCGCCUACAGCCGCAUCUAGUCAUCCGUCAGCGAGCAAAAUGGAGGAAGGUUGCGUUCCUGUGAAUUGCACGGAGCGCGAGGAGGAGAUUGGUCGGCACUGUUGCUACAGCCCUGUCUCUCCGCCUGGCGGGAACGCUCCCGAUAGGCCGUCGUGUUCUCCCGUGGGAGCAACAAGAGAGCAACAGACAGGAUCUUGCCAUUCAUCAGGCGAGUCUAUGACUUCCGGUCUGGAUGAAACGGCGCUAGAAACGAGUUCCCCACGCCUAGAAAAGAAACGAACUACACUCGUGCACGGGCCUACUCAUCACGAACAAGUGCAUCGAAUCGAGAGAAGUCUAGAAGCCGUGCAGCGGCGUCAAUUCUCGCUCAAAAAGCGAUUCGUCGCGUUUCGCAGACACCUCGCAUCCAAACGACGAGCACUCGUCGAAGACAACGUACGGAGAAAGGUAGACACGCUAAUACCGAGUGAAACGUGCAGCAAAACGAGCGCGGACACGUCGCCGUCGGCGAUUCCUCACAAAGUCUCGACUCUAGAGCCGCCAAAACGACAGGAACCGCACGCCAAAUCGACGGAAAGGCCUCGACGCGACGUCAACCGACGUCUCGAGCGAUUUCUCGACGAGCGACGACCGCUGGGAUGCGAGAACGUUUGCGGGGAGGCGUCGCGUGACGACAUGGCGGCAACUCUGGGAUCAUGGUCGCUGAGGAUGCGACGCAUGGAGCGGGACGACGACGAGGAGGCGACGGAGAGCGAAACGAGCGCGAGCGACGUCGAUUCGGAGGAGGAAACGGAGCCGUGGAGCGAAUCGAAAGAGAAAACGUCGAUGAGAGAAAGACACAAAGAAAUCUGGACAGAGUGGCGACGUGACUGUGCAGCACUCUCAUCUCGAUGGCACUGGCUCCAGCAAAGAAUAACAGACUUGGAACAAUCGAUUCGACGUCAAACGGACGUGUGCGAGACCAUAAGAUCUACAAAGCAGCACUUCAGACACGAAGACGUCGGGAAGCACACGCCGCCACUCAUAGACACAAAACCUCCAGCGGAAACGAAAGACUGCUUGUUGUAUCUCUUCGUUCCGUCUGAUGGCUGGUUGUCUAACUCACACCAGAAGAAUGGACUUUUGUUGAAGUUGAGUAAUAAUAAGUUGAAUUCGAGUGAUGACGAUUGUGGUGCGGCGCGGACUCGGGCGCUCGUGCGUCAGGCGUGUAGGAGAGUCGUGCGGCGUGAGGGUGAUGGGUGGGGGAGACGUGGUGGUGUUGUGGAGAGGGAUGAUAUUGUACAUUGUGAUUCGUCGUUUCAUCACAAACUCAGUGUAAAUACAGAUAUUCCUAUUCCUUUGUUACUGGAAAGUUCACUAAGACAAGACAGAUGGCGACAAACAGAGAGAAAGCGAAAGUCGUCGACACAGCAAUCAAACGAUAAGAAAAAGACGUCAAUGCUAAAUAGUGCGUCAAUGUCCGGGUUAUCAGAAAAACUAACAAUGAGAGAUCGUUCGGUGUCAGCGCCGUCUACUCCACGCCCACGCUCAAACUCAGUGGUGCACGACAGCAGACUUUGUAGAACGGAAAUUAAGAAGAGAUACAGUGCAGAUGAUGGUUUGUCAACGUCGCUGCCUGCCAGUUCGUUGAGUAACUUGUUGAAGCAGCAGAGAAGGCGGCCGAUGUCGAGCGCUUACGACAUCAAUAACAUCAUCAUUCCCAACUCGUUUGCAUCGACAACGCGCGUGGAACGUCUACAGUAUAAGGACAUUGUAACGCCCAAGUGGAGGGACGUGAGUCGAGACGAAGACGUAAAGAAAAAUCAUCAAAUGAAAGGCACAAACGGUGUCUCCGUCUCUCCUCUCACACCCGAAAUCGAAGACGUCAGUGACGAGGCAUUCACCCAACGACACGCAGUAGCCGAACAAGCCGAACGAAAACGAUUCAUGGCAUGGAACAAGAUGGGAACAGCACUAACACGCCACAACACGACGUCCAGCAGCACGUCCAUGUCACCGACUACGCCCAUCACGCCAUCGACUCCCGACGACGACGAACACCAACCGACAACGACAUACGCACGUCGAGUCUUCCGUCGUCUAUCGUCGACGUAUGAUCGUUGGCAGGACAUGCUGCGAGAAGCCGAGGUGAGCAUCGUGCCACUCUUUCCCAUACGAACGUUUCCACUCUCCGACGACGUAUACAAGAAGAUGAUCGCUGAAGGCCGGAUGCCCGUCGAACAUUCAUUCAUCCCAUCAAGUUUGAUAUCAACUCGUGCAAAGAUGUAUAACUCAAGCGGCGAGAACACGAGAGGCGGGACGAGCGUGAAGCGUCGCGAAUCGAUGUCACCGACACACUGGGAUUCCGAAGAGAGUUACGCGCCCUCUCCUCUCUCGGUCGCCGAUCUGAGCGACACCGAAGCCGAGCAGAAUCAGUGGGCGGUCGUGUCUCUGAGUGAGAAGCCGCAAGAGGCGGCGACCGGCGCCGACGACUCGAGUAAUUGUUCGAUUGUUAUCAAACUGACUAAGCGGUGACUCUGUAGUUGAUGUGUGCGUGUAUGAUGCGUGUGUGGCUCGUAGUUGGUUUUGUUGACCCAAGUCCUCGUUUGUUUCGAGAGGCUCUUGUGGCUGCUGUACAGUACGUAGUGGCUUAUUGUCUGCUGUUCAUCAAAUUAUAGGUUUUGCAGCAAUGAGAA